CGUUCUGUUGCAUGCACGUCGCGAAACCGCAACUCGAUUACCCAAAAUAAAAUAGAAAUAAAAUCAAUUCUGAAUUACGGGACUGUAUAUAAAUUAAAAAUUGGAUAAAUUUGUCUUAGAACAAUUGAUUGAUACGUAAUAUAAAUAAUUUUUCUCACAGAGCAAAGUUGUAUAACGAUUUUCGGUGUCUUGAUUUUUUCGGCUACGUUUUUCGGUUAAUAAAGAUCGAUAUACACAUAUCCACGUCACCAAAAUGUGCAGUGCUAAAAACAGUGAACUACAACAAUAAGCAUGUGUUAGUGCGCGGGAUGUGGUGUGUCAGUGUGUGUGUUUGUUCUCAUGUGUGUGGAGAAGUGGCGCGGUGAAGAUGGAGAAGGUUAGCUGAUCGAGGAGGCGGCCGCGCAAACUACGCAAGCGGCUUAUUGGGCGCAUCAUGCAGGUGUUCGGCGAGUGGGCGCAAGUGGAGGUGGUGGAGCUGGUGAACGAUGGGUCGGGGCUGGCGUUCGGCAUCGUCGGCGGACGCUCCUCGGGCGUCGUCGUCAAGAGCGUGCUGCCGGGAGGCGUCGCUGACAGGGAUGGUCGCCUGCGUAGCGGCGACAUGCUGCUCCGCAUCGGCGCAGUGUGCGUGGUGGGCAUGUGCGCCAGACAAGCCGCCGCCGUGCUGCGGCAGUGCGGAGCGUGCGUCCGCCUCCUGGUCGCGCGACCAGCACACAGCAACGUCUUGCAGCCGUCGCUACAGUCGCUGGGAGCAUCACAAGCCCCGAUUGUACCAUCGCGCUUGCUGGCUGACCCGAUAGAACUGGAACGGAGCCUGGCUGAGGCGGGGCACGAUGGUUUUGGUGCACUUUGCGAGGACACCACGCCGCCGUCGCCACCACCUACCAUCAUUGAGGAGAGGUUACAUCAUAGGCCAGUCGCGUCGAUAGUGGCGGUGGUGCCGCGCGGAGCCCUGGCGCCGACUCCUAGGCCACCGCCCCUCGUCAUCACCUCGGAGCCACAACCACCACCCUUAAGGUUACCAUUAGACAUGGCGGUGCGAGGCACGGGUGCGCCGGAGACUCUGAGCUAUGAGGUGGAUUUGAACAAGGACUCCGCGCUAGGGCUUGGCAUCACCGUCGCUGGAUACGUCUGUGAGCAAGAGGAGCUGAGUGGCAUCUUCGUGAAGAGCAUCAGCGCGGGCAGCGCGGCCGACCUGUGCGGCAGGAUACAGGUCAACGACAGGAUUGUUGAGGUGGAUGGAGUAUCGCUACACGGGGUCACAAAUCAUAGAGCGGUCGCCCUGCUACGGGAUGCGAGGGGUCCCAUUGUGCGGUUGAAAGCUCUAAGAUAUCUCCGCGGGGCGGGGUUUGAGCGCCUGCAGAAAGCACUGGCAGCACAGGACGGGAGGAGGUCCCCCAUUGCACCCCCUAGUCCGUCAGUUACCUCCCUUGCCAAAUAUAGUUUUAGUGUGUACGAUGAAUCAACGGUAAUAGAAGUGGAACCAGAAUCUGAAAUACAACCGCACUUACCUUCACCGACAUCGCCGUCCGAUGAAGCGGAGAUAGUGAUAGGACGAGAUGAUGACAUUUCAGAGCGAGAGAUAAGGAGGAUACAGGACAAGUGGCGGGACAUACUACAGGACGAGCCGGACUGGCCCGGACACCAGUACCAGUAUGACAUUAUUGUUGGCUGUAUAAUGAAAGAAAAGGACAGUGGAUUAGGCAUUUCUCUCGAAGGCACGGUUCGGGUCGUAGGGGGCAAAGAAGUUCAAGCGAGGCAUUAUAUCAGAGCGAUUGCACCGAACAGUCCUGUUUCCAAACUAGGCAUUUAUAAAGUGGGGGAUGAGUUGUUAGAGGUAAAUGGAAUGCGAGUACUAGGAGCACAUCACGUGGAGGUGGUGACAAGGCUGCGUGCAGUCAAGUCACCCGUCUUACUUGUGGUCGUGAGGAAACGGAGCGAACAACAUUAUGUACGGACGGAACAUUGCUUUGCAAGGAGUAGCAUCGUGGGAGGCAGCCUCCAAGAUCUCCUCGCACCGCCUCAGCGGUUAAUAAAGGCAAAUUCUGAAAGUUCUGUGGCGUCUUUGUGCAGUGCCGCUACAGUUAUGUCAGCUGGUCACGAUCAUGAUGAAUUCUGCACGGAGGAAUUGGAGCGCAACAGAUCACGGUCCCUGGAGCCGUUGAGUGGAUUGGCGAUGUGGAGCGAUCAGGUGGAGUACAUCGAGCUGCAGAAGGAGGACCGUGGCCUGGGCUUCUCCAUCCUGGACUACUUGGAUCCUUCCGAGCCGGGUAGCUCUGUGAUCGUAGUACGCUCGGUGGUAGGCGGUGGAGCGGCGGCGGCGGACGGGCGGUUGGCGCCGGGUGACCGGCUGGUGUCAGUCAACGGCCUUGACGUUUCUAGAAGCCCGCUUGCUGUUGCUGUCAGAGCUAUCAAGAGUGCACCAAAAGGUACGGUGACGAUAGGUGUCGCCAAACCACUGCCCUGCAGCACAGUGGUGGGCGGAGAACGCGCGAACGGACACAGUGUGCAAAGUAGUCAGGAAUGCAUCAAUUCCCUGGCAUCAGAUGAUCACACUGGGAUGGAUUCCUUUCACGAAUGUUUACAAGAAUAUGGCGAGGGGUUGGAAGUUGUGCAAAUAUGUUUAGAGCCUGAAGAGUCUUCUAUAAAAGAUGAAGAAUUGUCUGCUUUGGCCGAUAUAAGCUACGAUGAUUAUAAAAAAGACAGCAGCCUGAAUGAGGAUAAAGAUAUUAUGGCGAUCGGAAAGAAAAACGAAGUUGAAAAAAUAAACGGCAUAACGGAACUAAAAACAUCCAAGUCGGAUGACUCUAUUGAUGAACAUGAUGAUGAUAUGACAAUAACCGAAGACGAUAUACUGGUUGCACCCAGAGCAUUAAGUAUGAGAAGUAAAUCUGCCGAUAGAAAAGGAACAGAUGGGGAAAGAUGUUUAUCAAAGCAACAAAGUAAAGAUUUGUCAACUUCGGACGAAAUGGUGUUUGCAGUGACUCCAACGGGAUUAGAGAGGAUUAGUUUCGAACAAUAUUGGAAAGAAUCUGAUGCGAGUAGAGAAAAAUUGAAAAAUGAUGAAAAUUUGAAAGAAAGUCUCAAUUCUCCUGAAGAUGACACCAUCAGUUUUUACGAUGCAACCACAAGAAUUUCCGUCCAGGAGCAAAACAACUCCUUAUUGUACAUUGACCAUGAAAUCGACGGUUACGAAACAUGCCUAGACGACGACUCGUCGUCUGCAAAGUGUACAGAAAAAAACGGACAUAAAAUUAACGGGCAGAGCGACGAGAUCAAAGAGUUAGGUAAACACGAUAAAAUGGCUAUUAGAAACAAAGACGAUGCUCGUGCCAAAACUAUUAACGAUCAGAACACUGCCAAUGCCGUAGACGAAGUGUCGUCUUAUGGUUACCCCUAUGUCGAAGAGCACAUAAUAAAACAAAUGAAAUCUUUGAGAAUCGAACCUCUCAAUAUAAACAUAGGAAUAAAAAAACCUAAGAAAAAAAGCCCAACAAGGUCAUCCAAGAGCGAGCGCCAUUGCGUUGAAUACUAUAACGACCAAGCGGAAUGCUUGAAAGAGAUACGACAACAAAAGCUUGAAGAAGAAGAGAAGAAAACGAAAGAGGAUCAGAAGAGAAUAUUAGACGGAAGCAUAUCGGCAAUGGAGAAAAAAAUGCACUAUAAAAAACAAGAUCCCAGCGAAGAAUCGACUGACGCGGAAACAAAUUAUGUUCCCGGCUGUCAUAAAUGUUUUUUGGAGAGCUAUGCGUACGAAAUAACAAAAGCAUACAUAGAAAAGGCCACGUCAUGUAAAUAUUGCGAAGUAAUAAGAGACAUGUUAGAAGUCCCCAAUUUAAAAGCAAACAGAAGGCGAUCGGCACCAGCGUUAGUAAAUCUGGAUAGUACAUCUGACACUGAGGAUGAAGAUAACAUGUUAGGUGUACCCAGUGUGUGUAGAAGAAAAUCUGCAGGACCACUGAAGUUUCCACUACCUUCAAGGAGAUCCAGUCACGUGAUUCCAGCGAUGACAGUAAAGACAGAGCGCCGUGACGGUGGCUCUGCACAAAGAUGGGGGCCGCCGCGGCGCGUGACGCUGCGGAGGCGACCCGGCGCGCCUUUAGGGGUCAGCAUAGUUGGCGGAAAGGUUGAUAUUAUUGCUAAUCAAAAUGGUGCAAAUUGCGACGACAAGGCGAUUUUCGGGAUCUUUAUCAAGAACGUGGUACCCAACAGUCCGGCAGCGCUUUGUGGUGAAUUGAAAACUGGUGACAGGAUACUAGAAGUGGAUGGAAAUUGCGUACGGACAGCACAACAUGAAAGAGCAGUUGAACUUAUAAAGGCAGCCAAGGAAACUGUCACUUUAACCGUGCAGAGCCUUAUGACUUGGAAUACUGACUCAUCGGACGUAGACGCAGCAUCACCGGCAACAUCUCCCCCUCGACCUGUUAAAAAGUCCCCAGCCCCUGCACCACCACAACAUGAAAUCAAGAUAACAGUAACAGAACCAGAUGAAAAAGAGAAAGAGAAACAGGCAUCAGCAAAUGAAGCGACGGACAAGGAAGAAAAUGGAACAGAGAAAGUGAAUGGAGAAGUGUCAAAACCUAAAGUGGUGUACUCAGAUUCAGAGAGCAGCGAUGAGGAAGACGAUCGAGAGCUACAAGGAAGAACUUACUCGGAUAAGGGUGUCGAGAUUGACCGAGCGUCUGCCGGAGCGAUCAAGCGCAGCAGAGAAGAGAAGGAGGCUGAUCCAGAGGAAGAAGACGACUUCGGUUACACGUCAAAUAAAAUCAAAAAGAAAUAUGCAUCCCUUGGCGACAGCGUGGUGGUGGUCAAGCUGGAGAGGUCAAAGGUCGGGCUGGGGCUCAGCCUGGCGGGGCACAGGGACAGGAGUCGGAUGGCGGUGUUCGUCUGUGGGAUGAACCCAGCUGGCUCGGCCGCCAAGUCAUCCCCUCCUAUCAAAAUUGGAGACGAGAUCUUGGAGGUAAAUGGUAUAGUGUUACAUGGAAGAUGUCAUCUGAAUGCGUCGGUCAUCAUCAAAGGCCUGGUUGGUCCUGUCUUCAAAAUCAUCCUGCUAAGGCGGAAGGCAGCAUUGGAGGAUGUGGCAGUCAAACCGCUCACACAGUUUCCGGUGGCGUUAGACGAGGUGGACGACCGAUUCGCCAACUACAAAGGUGUACGAGAUAUCACCAUCAAAAAGGGUCCAUCAGGUUUAGGGAUCAUGAUAAUAGAAGGCAGGCAUACGGAAGCCGGCCGAGGUAUCUUCGUGUCGGACCUUCAAGAGGGCAGUGCAGCGGAACAGGGGGGCUUAAAUAUAGGAGACAUGAUUCUAGCAGUGAACAAAGACUCCCUUCUGAGUUGCAGUUAUGACGCCGCAGCGGCGAAACUGAAGCAAACGGACGGCGUAGUGACAUUAACAGUCUGCAGUCCAAACCUGAAGGAAGAUGGUGACAAAACCGACGCAGAUGGAGCCGGCGGCCCCUCUCGACCUACCACUCCCAAACCACCGACACCAGCACCAGCUAAACCGGAACCACCUCCGGACCCAGCCACGGCAGCCCUCAGACCAAACCUAGACACUGUGAUAGAAAUAACUACAAACAACGAAGUACUCGGUAUCGCUUUAGUCGGUGGCAGUGAUACGCAUAUGAAUGGUCCAGCGGGAGUAGUACUAGAGGUGUACAAAAACGGAGCGAUAGCCAAGGACGGGCGACUGAAGCCCGGCGACCAGAUCCGAGACUGCAACGGCAUCGCCAUCAACAAGGAUAUGACGUAUGAGAGGAUGUGCAUGUCGAUAAAAGUCAAGGCUCCUAAGUUAAAAAUGACGGUGUACCGACCGGAUCCUAUACAAUACGAAGAGAUUGAAGUAGAACUGACGAAGAAGUCGGGACGACCGCUGGGACUCAACUGCGUACCUCCUGUCGAGGGCACGGGAGCUUAUAUUGGAGAAUUACUUCCCGGUUCCCCAGCAGAAGUAGACGGUAAGUUACAGAGAGGGGAUUUCAUAGUAGCAGUAGACGGCAAAGAUCUCUCCAGUGCAGAAUUCCUCGCCAUAGGAGCCGCCCUGAAGCUGUGCAACAAUAAGACCACCAUUAAAGUUAAGCGAUUCAAAAUAGUCCCUAGAUAAUUGU